CGUGUCUCUCGAUUCGCGUGCAAAUCAUCUCUCUCUCUCUCUCUCUCAUUUUCCACUGUUUCAGCUCAGCUCCAAUCUCAGAUCACAUCACUGUCUUGGGUUCUUUAGACUCUCCCAUCUCCCUACUCCACACCCUCAGUAAUAGCGCACCAAAAUCUUUCCCCAAUAUUCAUUUUUCAAAGACGGUAGAGUAGCUUCUCGUCAUGAUUAGGGUCUGGCCUUCUUUUCUUCUUGCUUUUAUAUUAUCGUUACCCUCUUCUCUCUGAUCUUCAACCACUGGCUCUCUUGCCCCCACACACACAGAGAGAGAGAGAGAGAGAGAGAGAGCCGUCGCUAAUAAGUUCUCUGACGUCGCUCUUCUUUCUUCUACCCGUGCUUCUCUCUGUGAACAAGCAUAAAUAAUAGCUUUAACGAAUUCAUUGGAGGAUCUUUUUUAGCUUUUUGUUUGAGAUUUAUAGCUGAACAACACGAUGUUUGAGAUCAGGGUUUUUGAGUAACAAGUGUAUUUUCUCCGGUUUUUAAGUCUUGACGAUAUCUCCGUUCGAGGUUGUUCAAAACAGCAAGAGGUUUCGGUGAAGCUUCUGGUUCUAUCUGUGGGAAACUUAAACCGGCGUAUUUCUUUAUAGCCGUUCGUUCUUAAAGUUUGGUGAGCCAAUAGCGCUGAGGCUUUAGAAAGAUACAGGCUCUAUCCGUGUCUGUUUUAUACGUAUAUUGCCUUUAGCAUUUUGGUGUUACCUUCUCCAACAAGCAAAACUAAGUGUUCCCCACUCCAAACGGAGACGGACUUUACGAAGCGAAAGAAUCUUUAACCUCAAACUCUCUAAGCCGAAACCCACAAAGGAAGCAGCUUUUAACCGGCUUUUUCUUGGUUGGGAUUUGAGAGAAAUGGCGUUGGCUGUGGCUCAGCAGCACAGAGAGAGCAGCAGUGGGAGCAUCGACCGGCACCUUGAUGCGGGCAAGUACGUAAGGUACACGGCUGAGCAGGUAGAGGCACUCGAGCGCGUCUAUGCAGAGUGUCCAAAACCCAGCUCGUUGCGCCGGCAGCAGUUGAUCCGGGAGUGCCCCAUUCUCUCCAACAUCGAUCCCAAGCAGAUCAAAGUCUGGUUCCAGAAUCGCAGGUGCCGAGAGAAGCAGAGAAAAGAGGCUUCGCGCCUCCAGACUGUGAACCGGAAAUUGUCAGCGAUGAACAAGUUGUUGAUGGAGGAGAAUGAUCGCCUGCAGAAACAGGUUUCACAGCUCGUAUGCGAAAAUGGCCAUAUGCGGCAACAACUUCAUACUGCACCAGCGGCAACUACCGAUGCAAGUUGUGACUCAGCGGCUACCACUCCUCAGCAUUCUCUGAGAGAUGCUAAUAACCCUGCUGGACUUCUCUCCAUUGCAGAGGAGACCUUGGCAGAGUUCCUUUCCAAGGCUACUGGAACUGCUGUUGAUUGGGUCCAGAUGCCUGGGAUGAAGCCUGGUCCGGAUUCGGUUGGGAUCUUUGCUAUUUCACAAAGUUGCAGUGGAGUGGCAGCUCGAGCAUGUGGUCUUGUGAGUUUGGAACCUACAAAGACUGCAGAGAUCCUUAAAGAUCGCCUAUCUUGGUUCCGGGACUGUCGGAGCCUUGAAGUUUUCACCAUGUUUCCAGCUGGAAAUGGAGGGACAAUUGAACUUGUUUACACACAGACAUAUGCUCCAACUACGCUGGCUCCUGCACGGGAUUUUUGGACUUUAAGAUACACUACAAGUCUAGAAAAUGGCAGUCUUGUGGUUUGCGAGAGAUCCCUUUCUGGUUCUGGUGCUGGCCCAAAUGCAGCAGCUGCUUCUCAGUUUGUGAGAGCUGAAAUGCUUCCUAGUGGCUACCUGAUUCGGCCAUGUGAGGGUGGAGGGUCAAUAAUCCAUAUUGUUGACCACCUGAAUCUUGAGGCUUGGAGUGUGCCAGAAGUGCUGCGACCGCUUUACGAAUCAUCAAAAAUGGUGGCCCAAAAAAUGACGAUUGCGGGGCUACGUUAUAUCAGGCAAAUAGCUCAGGAGACGAGUGGUGAGGUUGUAUAUGGUUUUGGCAGGCAGCCAGCUGUUCUGCGAACUUUUAGCCAACGAUUAAGCAGAGGCUUCAAUGACGCUGUAAAUGGAUUCAAUGAUGAUGGCUGGUCAUUGAUGAACUGUGAUGGUGCUGAAGAUGUGAUUAUAUCAGUUAAUUCAACCAAGAACCUGAGCACCACUUCCAAUCCUGAUAAUUUCCUCGCGUUUGGUGGAGGAAUUCUCUGUGCUAAGGCUUCCAUGCUACUCCAAAAUGUCCCUCCUGCAAUGCUGGUUCGUUUCUUGAGGGAGCACCGUUCAGAGUGGGCUGAUUUCAAUGUUGAUGCAUAUUCUGCUGCAUCACUAAAAGCAGGUUCAUAUACUUUCCCAGGGAUGAGGCCUACACGAUUUACUGGGAGCCAAAUUAUCAUGCCUCUUGGCCACACAAUAGAACAUGAAGAGGUUCUCGAGAUUAUUCGACUUGAAAGCCAUUGUCUUUCUCAAGAAGAUGCUUUUGUAUCAAGGGACAUUCAUCUCUUGCAGAUAUGUAAUGGAGUUGACGAGCAUGCUGUAGGAGCCUGUUCUGAACUUAUAUUUGCUACAAUUGAUGAGAUGUUUCCAGAUGAUGCUCCGUUGCUGCCCUCUGGUUUCCGUAUCAUCCCAUUGGAUUCAAAAACAUGUGAUGCAAAGGAUUCAUUGCCAACACAUCGCACCCUAGAUCUGACAUCUAGUCUUGAAGUGGGUCCUGCUACAGACCAUUCUGCUGGGGAUGCAUUGUCAUGUCAUUCUCGAUCAGUGUUGACUAUUGCUUUCCAGUUUCCAUUUGAUAGCAGUCUGCAAGAUAAUGUUGCAAACAUGGCCCGUCACUAUGUCCGAAGUGUUAUUUCCUCUGUGCAGAGGGUUGCUAUGGCGAUAUCGCCUGCAGGUUUGAGCCCAGCUGUAGGACCAAAACUUUCUCCUGGCUCUCCAGAGGCUCUUACACUAGCGCACUGGAUCUGCCAGAGCUAUAGCUACCAUUUAGGGACAGAAUUGCUGGGAUCCGAUUCUCUGGGAGGUGAUUCAGUGUUAAAACAUCUGUGGGAUCAUCAGGAUGCCAUUAUGUGCUGUUCAUUAAAGUCAUUGCCGGUUUUCAUCUUUGCAAAUCAGGCAGGGCUUGACAUGUUGGAAACAACUCUAGUCGCUCUACAAGACAUUACACUAGAUAAAAUCUUUGAUGAGUCUGGGCGCAAGGCACUAUGUGCUGAUUUUGCCAAGUUAAUGCAACAGGGGUUCACUUACUUGCCCUCUGGAAUCUGCAUGUCAACCAUGGGUCGCCAUGUUUCAUACGAACAGGCAGUUGCAUGGAAAGUCCUUGCUGCAGACGAGACCAGUGUCCACUGCCUUGCCUUCUCUUUCGUAAACUGGUCUUUUGUGUGAAAAUUUCAGUUCAUAUAUCCAUUUACCCUGCUGCUCUUUUUCCCUCUUGAAUCUGUAAUCUGGAAAAAAUGAAAAACUAUGGGACAUACUUGCAAGAGAUGGGGGGAAAAAGCAAAGAGAAUGGAAGUUUUGUACUAUCUAAAUCCCAGCCUCAGGUCUGCAUGCAUUAUAUUAAAUUUAAUUCAAUUUUUAUUUA